GCCCCAGCAAGCCCCGCUUUGCUGCGCGUCGGCCGCCUUGUUCGAGACGGAGGACCACCGGGGCUGGGCGAGCCGGCGGCAGGCAGCGAUUCCGGCACGGAGGACAUAAGAGGCGAAGCAGCGAACGGCCGCCGCCACUUCCUGCAGCUAAGGGGCCAAGGAGGCGGCCGAAGGCUGCAGCAGCAGCAGCCCAAGGCACGUGGUUCUAAUCAAGCAAGGCAGAUGGAGCAGGACCACUGACCUGAACUACCAUCCUGCUGCUGCCCAGCGAUGGGUUGCGUGCAAUGCAAAAAGAAGAAAGGCACCAAGAACCAGAACAAGGGCAGCGAUGGGGCCGCAAACCCGACCCCCAACUCCUGCUACGACUCUGAACCCACCCAGCAGAACCCGCCCAACAACUUCACCUGCAUCCCGGACUUCAACAACUUCCAAGGCACGCCUGGGCCUUCCACUCCUGCCUUCAUGGGGAGCUCCGGCCUCUACCCUACACCUUCGCUGCAUAUGCAUGGAGUCGGGAUUGCAGGUGGAGGAGUGACCCUUUUCGUGGCCUUGUACGAUUAUGAAGCCAGGACAGAAGACGACCUAACAUUUGUGAAGGGAGAGAAAUUCCACAUCAUCAACAAUACGGAGGGCGACUGGUGGGAAGCCAGGUCUCUGAACACAGGAGCCACAGGCUACAUCCCCAGCAAUUAUGUGGCACCCGUGGACUCCAUCCAGGCGGAAGAGUGGUACUUCGGGAAAAUUGGCCGCAAGGAUGCUGAGAGGCAGCUCUUGUGCCAUGGCAACCUUCGGGGGACCUUCCUCAUCCGUGAGAGCGAGACCACCAAAGGGGCCUACUCGCUGUCAAUCCGCGACUGGGAUGAGGUGAAAGGCGACCACGUCAAACAUUAUAAGAUCCGGAAGCUCGACAGCGGCGGCUACUACAUCACCACGCGGGCCCAGUUUGAGACCGUGCAGCAGCUGGUACAGCAUUACAUAGAGAGGGCCGCAGGGCUGUGCUGCCGCCUGGCCGUGCCGUGCCACAAGGGGAUGCCCAAACUGGCAGACCUGUCCGUCAAAACCAAAGACGUUUGGGAGAUCCCGCGCGAAUCGCUGCAGCUCAUCAAGAAACUGGGCAAUGGGCAGUUUGGGGAAGUGUGGAUGGGCACGUGGAACGGCACCACUAAAGUCGCGGUGAAAACCUUGAAGCCGGGGACCAUGUCUCCGGAAGCCUUCCUCGAAGAGGCCCAGAUCAUGAAGCGCCUGCGGCACGACAAGCUGGUGCAGUUGUACGCUGUGGUGUCAGAGGAGCCCAUCUACAUCGUCACGGAGUUCAUGAGCCAAGGGAGUUUGCUGGAUUUUUUGAAAGACGGAGAUGGCCGUUUCCUGAAGCUGCCCCAGCUGGUGGACAUGUCAGCCCAGAUCGCAGCUGGCAUGGCGUACAUCGAGCGCAUGAACUACAUCCACCGAGACUUGCGCGCUGCCAACAUCCUCGUGGGUGACAACCUGGUGUGCAAGAUCGCCGACUUUGGCCUGGCCCGCCUCAUUGAGGACAAUGAGUACACGGCUCGACAAGGUGCCAAGUUCCCCAUCAAGUGGACAGCCCCAGAAGCUGCUCUUUACGGCAAGUUCACCAUCAAGUCAGACGUGUGGUCCUUCGGAAUCCUCCUGACGGAGCUGGUCACCAAGGGCCGCGUACCUUACCCAGGCAUGAACAACCGGGAGGUGCUGGAGCAAGUGGAGCGGGGCUACCGCAUGCAGUGCCCUGGGAACUGCCCUCCGUCGCUGCACGAGCUGAUGGUGCAGUGCUGGAAAAAGGAGCCUGAGGAGCGCCCCACCUUUGAAUACCUCCAGUCUUUUCUUGAAGACUACUUCACUGCCACAGAGCCUCAGUACCAGCCGGGAGACAACCAAUAAUAGCGGCAGGGGAGGCCGGAUGGGAAUCUUGGCCAUUGGUUUGGCCAUGGACAGGGGGCUCUCUGGGGUGUGGAGUUCCAGGACUUGGCCAUGCACAGAAACAAGCCUUUCCCUCUCCAGGUGCCAGGGAUCCCCUUUUUUGUACAACUGAGGUUGGACUCCUCUCGCUCUCCCUCUUGCUCUCUUUUUUUCUUUUUAUAAUUCCAAUUUGCGGGGAGGGGGUUGUUUGGUUUUUUAAGAAUUGUGAUUUUGUCUUUUAAAUCCUGCCACCUCCUGGGUGGCCGCCAGUUAUGAGGAGGACAAUGAACCGGGCUUGAGGUUGGGGGACAGAAUGGGGGUGGGUGGGGCAGAGGAGAGAGAGUGGAUUUGUACAGUAUGUCCUGUCUUAAUGAAGUUACCUCUGUCCCCCCCCUCCUCCUUUUCUUCUUACACCCAGGGUGGGGAACCUGUGGCCCUCCAGAUAUUGUUGGACUGCAAUUCCCAUCAUCCCUGAUCAUUGGCCCUGCUGGAUGGGGCUGAUGAGAGUUGUAUUCCAAUGCCAUUUGUAGGGCCACUAGUUCCUUACCCUGUCCUAUGUAAUUAUGGAAGAGGGUGAUGAUAAUUGGGUAGUGAGUACCCAUUUCCUCCUUUGCUAUCGGCCCUGAUGCUCCCAACUGCCCACUUUGAGCCUUCCGACUGCCCACUUUGAUCUUCCCAACUGCCCGCUUUGAGCCUGCCCACUUCAAGCUUCCCAACUGCCCACUUUGAGCCUGCCCACUUUGAGCCUCCCAACUGCCCACUUUGAGCCUCCCAACUGCCCACUUUGAGCCUGCCCACUUCGAGCCUCCUAACUGCCCACUUUGAGCCAUCUCCCCCUCCCUUGUAUGUGGGCUGUCUCAUGGGGACGGAAUCCAUUUGUUAAGGCUAUGGUUUUGGGGGGCAAACUCUGCAGAGCUCAGCACAUGGAGAGCCCAACACAAGUGAUCUGCUAAUGCACCUUUCCCUGUCCUGGUGCCCUCCCAGUGCACUGGUCUACAAGUCCCAUCAUCCCCAUCAUCCUCAGCCAAAAUGACCAAGGGAGAUCAUUGGAAUUGUAGUCCAACACGUUAGGAGGGCAUCUGGACUAAUUAAUUGUGAGCUGACCUCCUUGCCCAUCACAGAUUGCCACUCAGCUUCAACCCAUAAAAUGCCCAAACAGAGAUCAUUUUUUGGGUGUGUUUCACACUGUCACAAACCCUGUGAGGUGGGACGGGCUGCAAGACACCCUUUCUUGACUGUUUAGGGCAGAGGUACACAAGCUUUUUAGCCCCAAAGGCUGCAAGCGAUGCUGGCUUGAGCACUGGGGGCCACACAGACAUAUUCAGAGCCACACGCCUGUGCGCCCCUCAGACACGUAAAUGCAUGUGUGUACACUCACACAAUUCUGAUAUAGAUUGCUCUUUCCUUGCUGAUUGUAGCAGUGGAAAAAGAGCAAUCUCUGUGAGGAUCUCUGGGGGAGUGAGUGGAGAGUAUUGGGGUGGGUGGGUGGAGGAAUCAGCAGGCAGAAUUUGGAGGUAGUAGCAGUAGCAGGCACCCUUGGGGGGCACAGGUUAUGCCCCCCUGAUUUAGGGAUAUUUUCUGUCACUACUCACAUGAUUAAUAGGUUGGACAUGUGUGAAUCUAGGAUUAUGGCUGUACCUAUGGAGAAAGAUGGUCUAGGUGCGAGUCAGAACAAAAGAGAAUCCAGUCUCCAGUUGAGUACAUUUAUUUGAGAACAAGUAAAAUGAAACAUAGAAUUAACUAGCUAAGACUUCACUAUCAGGGACCGAAACAUCCUAAGAAUAACUCACCAAAGCAGUUUAUGGGGCCGGUGGCAGUGGGAACCCAGGACUCCGCAUAUGGUUUAGUCUUGCCUCUUGACUGUUCACACAACAUGCUAACCCACACUCAGUGGUUGAGUGUGAGUUAUUUUGAACCAUGGCUUGUUUGUUGAACAUAGACUGUUGUGUUGUCUGAACGC